ACUUAACCAACCAUCUACCAAAUAUGGCUCCUUUUCAUCUGCCAAUAAUACUGUCCAUGACAAUAUUCAUGGUUAUUUUCUGUUUUUCAACCUGUUUUGGCAGUGACCUACAAUUGUAUGAUAGCUGUGGGAAUUACUUCAGGUGUGGCACUGUCAAAGCUGGGUUUCCCUUCUGGGGAGGCGGCACUAGGCCGAAAGAAUGUGGUUACCCGGGCUUAGAGCUUGGUUGCGAGAACAAUGCUACCACCACUAUACAAAGCAAGGGUAUGAAAUUUCAUGUCCUUGACAUCAAUCAAAAUACACAAGUUCUGAAGAUGGCCAGGGAGGAUUUUCUGCAAGGAAUUUGCAUGCAGAAAUUUAUAAACACCACUAUUGAUCCUGAGCUAUUUGAUUAUGCGCCUGGAUCCCGUAAUCUUACGGUUCUAUACGGGUGCCCCCCUCCUUAUACGGCUAAUCCUAGUCAAUUUACUUGCAAAAUCUAUGGUACUAAUGACACUGAGGGUUAUCCGGUAGAAGGAGCGAUCGGCCCAAGUGGGUGUUUUGCUAGCAUUGUGGUCCCGGUUGUUGAUUCUUCAGCUGCACAAAUAGGGAAUUGGAGUCUGACUCAAAUCAUUGGGAAAGGGUUUGAAGCAAUCUAUAAGGUUCAGGGUGAAGAUUUAUGUGUUGGAUGUGAAGCAUCAAAAGGUAGAUGUGGUUUUGAUCUUAUUUAAAAUAAGAUAUCAUGUCUUUGCCUAGAUGGAAGUAUUGGAGAUACACCAUGCAACAAGUCAACAUCUUCUGCUAAAUCAGGUAUGCUCAUUGUUCUUAUUUGAUUGCAUCUUAGGCUAAAAUUGUCUGUCACAUGUGAUACAUAUUGGCAAUUGCAUCGUUCAGUAGUUGUGUUGAUCACAUCUUGCAUUGAUCAGCGUUCCCUUUCCACUACAAUUCAAAACCUAAAGAACAGAGGCUUUGUCACUCUUUAAUUCUGGAACUAGUGUUUUGAGAAUUGGUUUGUUUACCACACUCCUAAACCCUAUAUUAGGAGUAUACACCCCAGUUUUGAAACACACAUCAAUAAAGCCCUAUACUUUCUCUAUUUUUUCAUUAACUAAACCUACUGUAUAACUUUAAUGCAAUCAAACAUUGUCCCAACAUAAAUUAUACUCUUCCCACCUCCAAGUCCUGAUAUGAUAUCCACAAGUUCAGCAAUUUCGUAUGAUUGUCCCAACAUAAAUUAUACUCUUCCAGGAGUUUACUUUAAGAUUGAUGAUGAUUAUACCCCACCAACUCGAUGCCAAAGCUAUAUCAUUGUCCCAUUAUUCAAUCAAUCUGUAGACAUUUUGAGAGAUCCAGACAGCGUAAAGAGUGCCUUUGAAAAAGGCUUCGAAUUAGAGUGGAUAGCUGACAACGAUUAUUGUGAUAUAUGCCGUGAGAGGUGGGGAGUGUGGCUAUGAUUUUAGCCAGAGAAAUUCCGCUUGCUAUUACGAUUACGGUAUGAAUCCUUUCAUUUUCAUUUGGUUAUGCAGUUAUACUACAAGCAUCUUCUGAUUAACUUAAAGAGUAUAUUUUGAUUAGCCUGUUAUUUGAUGAUCUGCUGCUUAAAUAAUUUAUGUCUUUUUAUACCAAAAAGCUAUACUAUGUCUUGAUUAUUACCAUUUUCAUAAUUAAAGGUAAUGAUCGAUAGAUCAUGAUUAUAUGAAAUUAACAAUAUCUUGACUAGGUUGAUUAGGUUGUUACAUACUUGGAUGCCAAACUAGCUAUUCUACAUUUCUACUCACAUUAUCUAUCUUAACUAGCUUUUGUAAAUGGAAAAAUUGUCAUGAUUAUUCCCAACUUUGCUCCGUCCGCUGCAAUUAAUUCCAACUUUCGUUUAUUUUUAUUAAUCCCAACUUAAUACCACAUCCGCCCAGAACACUCAAGUGACUUGCAACGCGUACUCCAUUUCGCUACUUUAUUCCCAGGGAUUUACAUCCCCCUUAGGCAAGAAUAUCCCACGGGAUAUGUGCAAAAGAAGCAUUACUGUGCCUAUUACCAAUUCUGAAUCUGCUCUGAGGACAGUAGAUACGAUAAGCUUAAUGGCGGCUUUACGCUAUGGUUUUGAGUUAAGAGUGGAAAGCAGAGAAUGAUGUGUGUGAUAAGUGUCAAUGGGGAAUGUGGGUAUCAUAUAUACUACUCUGAGUAGAUUUACUUGCUAUUGCUCUGAUCAGCCUUACACUUCUAAAUGUCCUGGUAAAAGCCCUGUACUUUCUCUAGCAAAAUUUUCGUUAACUACUUAACCUAAUGUAUAACUAAUUAACUUUAAUGCAAUCAAACUUCAUAGGAUACUUGGCAUGAAAGCUCUACUCACCACUAACCCAUCCAGGACUUAACCUUCCCAUUUCUAUGAUACUCGUAAUACUUACUCUACCGGUCUAGCUCAUUAUCCGAGAAGUUCUAAUAUAAGUAUUAUCUAUAUCACUAUCACUAAAGUAUGCAUUGAAGAUGUAAAACAUUUGAUACUUAUACAAAUGAUUCUAAUACAUUGUUUCAAUUCCACUCUGGAAACAUAUCUUGUAUAUUUUUCAAAUGGGGAAGUUAACGAGUCUAGCAGACUGACUUUUCAGUAUGUGUUAAUCACAAUAUCAAGCAGACUUUCUGUACAAGAUUGAAUAAUUUGUGUCCUUUUUGAUUGUUUUCUUAUAUUGAUUUCAGAUUUGGUUCUUGCUAACAUUAAGUUAACAUUUAGCAACUAAUCAUGAAAAAGACUGUUUUCGUCCAAGGAACUGCAGGAUUAUUCUUUAAUCUGACCAAGUAGAAUGUCAAAACUGGUGGCUGAUAAGGACAUGCUUUCUUGUGGUUCCUUAUCCUCUGAUCAAUUACCAUAUUCAUAGAAUGUCAAAAUUGGUGAUCCCUACACUAAUCUUCUUACUUAAUUAAGGUUGAAUCUUAUUCCCUACCUAAAGCUUUACUAUCACACAAUUACCAUAUUCAUAGGCUUAAAUUUUCAGGUUUAUGAGAUCAAUAAGUGUAGACUAGCAUCUUUCCCUUUGUUUGAAACUGUUGUCCUUCUAGCAAGGCAAAUGAAGCCAGUAGAACUGUAGAAAUUAAGCUAGGUACACUAUAUAAGUAAAAAUUAUGCUUCGAGCUCCUAUGGAAGUUGAAAUUACAACUACUACCUCCAUUACAUAUUAGUUGCAACUUUGGAAUAUUUUAUCUCUCACAAAUAAUCCCAAAGUUGCAACUAAUAUGUAACGGAGGUAGUAGAAGGUCAAGGAUUUGAAACUCCUCUCUUUAAGAACGACAGAUCUAAUUUGCCUCACUACGCUGAAUCUUUAAGAUAAAUCUUGCUGGAUCAUCCCUUCUAAAGAAAAAGCUGAAGACUAUACUGAUAAUAAUAGCUUCUUCAGCUUUUGGGUUGGCCCUGAUUGCAGUUGCCCUACUUUCUUUCACAAAAUCAAAGGCAUCUCAGAAACUUAUCUUAACAAAGGAAGAAAGAAAAGACAGCCACGAUGUGGAAGUUGUGCUUAAGCGCUACGGAGAAUAUGCUCCCAAAAGAUACACCUACGGUGAAAUAAAGAAAAUGACUAGUUGCUUUCAAGACAAACUUGGUGAAGGCGGCUAUGGUGGUGUCUACAAAGGCAAACUACAAGAUGGUUCUCCUGUUGCUGUUAUACUGAAAAAUCCUAAUUGCAAGGGAACAGAUUUCAUAAAUGAAGUUGCCAGUAUUAGUGAGACUAAUCAUGUUAACAUUGUCACUCUUUUAGGUUAUUGCUAUCAAGGCCGCAAAAGAGCUCUAGUUUAUGAGUUCUUGCCUAAUGGUUCACUUGACAAGUAUAUAAACUGUGGUCAAAAUCAGAAUUCAAUAGCAUGGGAAACGUUACUUCAGAUUGCAAUUAGCAUUGGACGAGGCUUAGAGUACCUGCACCAAGGUUGUAGGACACGUAUUUUGCACUUCGACAUUAAGCCUCACAACAUACUGUUGGAUGCAAAAUUCUGUCCGAAAAUCUCAGAUUUUGGCUUAGCUAAGUCAUAUGUGGAAACAAAGAGUUUGAUGACAAUGUCUGGAACAAGAGGCACACCAGGAUACAUUGCUCCUGAAGUGUUUUGUAGAGGCUUUGGCGGUGCUUCCCACAAAUCAGAUGUCUACAGUUUUGGGAUGCUGGUUUUAGAUUUAGUUGGGUGUAGAAAAAACAGUAUUACUGGAAGUGAGAAGACGGGCAGUGAGCUAUAUUUUCCUCACUAUAUAUACAAGCAGUUUGAGCUUAAAGAGGGCCAUGAGCUUUUGGGAAUCUCAAAUGAUGAAGAGAAAGAAAUACAAAAGAAAUUAGUAAUAGUUAGCUUGUGGUGCAUCCAAACAAAUCCUUCAAGUCGGCCAUCGAUCAGCAGAGCAGUGGAAAUGCUCGAAGGAGACAUCGAGUUACUGCAGAUUCCUCCCAUCCCAUUUCCAUCCUCUCCUCCUAAGUCACAUCAUCAUUCAUCAACAUGAUUCAUCUACUAACACUGCGACAUUAGAACUACAACUGACAAAUGGGUCAUCUGAAUAAGAGAUUGGUUCUAAGCAACUUUGGAGAUGGGGGGCACUAUGAGCAACAUUUGAUUAUUUGGUGUCACUAUGGCUAAAGCCUAUAGUCAAUAGAUUUCUUUGAUUGUUAACUAUUACGGAGUGACAAUUUACCACAAUAUCAACCGAUACACUUUCAAAGAUAUAAUGUAUCUAAGAAUUUUGUAAUUGGUUUCCUAAAAUCGUUGCUUUGGAAGGAUAUAAAAAGUCUCUAGAUUUAGCUCUAGGCAGAAGCAAGAAAUAGACAUCAGAUCAUGUUACUAGCUUUUGUACUUGAACUCUUGAAGCAUUACAAAAAUCUACAUUGCAAUUGCCUAAUUUAUGGCAAGCAAUAUAAAAUGAGGGCACAUGGAGCAGUAAUUUGAUCAAUUUGUAGUCACUAUGGUUAAAGCCUAUACUCAAUAAGCUAGACUCUUCUAUGAUUGUUA